UGGGGGGGGCUCAUCCCUCUAGCACCAGCAGCUUCACCAGAGCAGAAACCAGCAAGGGCAGGCUGAGUAUGUUUCUAAAAUAACAAAUUUCAGUAACUUAAAUGCUGGCCCUCAUAGAAGUCCACGGUAGAGCAGUGGCUCAGAGCCUGAGUUUUGAGAUAGACCAUAAUGGUGCUCUGUGACUUUGACCCCGUGAUCCCUGAGACUCCAGUGCCUUGGGGACCAUAAAGCCACCUACCUUACAGGGUGUGGGGAGGAUGGGGAGUGAACAGCAGUGCCCGGCAUGUGAGUGUGCACAAUGAUUGAAAAAGGCCGUUGGCCUCACGAUCACAGGUUUUCCUCAAGGCCUGUCCUGGACAAUAGGCGCCCAGUAACGGGAGGGCACUGCCUGAAUUACAGGCAUGUCUGUCACUGCCCUUUGUAUGUCCAUUAGAGUGACUGUUUGGGGAGGGCGUGACACAUCCAAAACAAAAGGGAGAUGCAAUUUAUCGAGGGCCACUGUGACAAACCUGUGAUAGACCAUCCUGCCAGCCCGACUAACACCACCUGAUUCUCUGGCUGAGCCCCGAUGAAAGACCACAGGCUGGAUCUGAGAAGACCCCAGGGUGCCCAUGGGUCUUACCCUCUCAGUCUUUUGAGUGGCCUCAAAACUGGUCUCCCUGCCUCUUUGAGGCCCAGGAACCCCGGUUUCCCACAAUCCAGUCCUCUGCCGGACCUUGCAAAGCCCCAGCCUCAAAUUGCCCCCGUCCUGCUGUUUUGCAUUGGUGCUUUAGUCCCACUGCCAGGUCACCUUGGCUUGCAGAGCCAAGCCAGCCGAAGUCCUCUGGGAAGUUUUCCCGGAAAGUGUGCUCCAGCCUGGGGCAAUGUCCCCACAACCCUCAACGCAAUCCCUGCACUGCUGGCCUGAUGGUUAGCUCUCUGGCUCCCACUCCUCUUGGUCAUGAGCACCUUGAAGCAGGGGCCCACCAUCGCCUUCCCGCCAUGCUGCCAGUGCCGUGCCCAGCCCAGCACCCAGCACAGGGUGCAUCCAGACAGGGUGGGACAGAACCCAAGCCUUGGUCAAGGCAAGAUGCAGGAAAGGCCAGAUAAACUGAGGAAGGCCCAGUCGGGCCCCAGCCAGCUAGACCCUCUGGCCCUGGGCCUGGCAGGAGGGUGGAGAUGCGGGAAUUUGGAAGGGGAGGAGCAGCUUUCACAGACCAAGCAGGGAUUGCAAAUGUUGAAAGCCAAUACCUGAAGGCCACAGCACUCUGUGUUGUCCUGCACCCUGAGAAGAACCUGGUCCUCCCCCCGCUGGGGAGUGAGAUGGGAGGGAGGGAAUGGGGGUGUCGGGGUACGGGAGUGGGGACAGCUGUUUUCAGAAAGAGAGGUUGCCUCAUAUACCCCUGGGAUGGGUGAGGGGGCUUGACCCCUACCCAGGAAAUGCCACAAUUCCAGCCUGGAGGUGGCACACACUGGUGCAGGGUGGUACCAAGGUUUGCACAUUUCGUCGAGGACUGGAGCCACUGAAGGGACCAGAGAGUCAGGAUUGGAAGGUGUGGGGCUGGAGCCAGGGUGGACUGGACCCAUGGAGAGGGAGGAGGCCGGCAAAGGGAGAGGCCUGAGAAUCCAUUCUUUGUGCUCCUCAGCAGGCCUGUGAGGGUGUAAAGAAAUUACAUCCCCAUCUGGUAUCCAUGCCCUUGUCUUCUAGAGUUUGAACAGCUGAUGUUCAAGGACAAAUCAAGGAGGAGGAAGCAGGCCCACCCCUCUGAGGACAGUCACAGCCUAUGCUAAGCCACUCUAGUACCCUGAGCUUACUGGCAGUCCAGUCAACAAGGUAAAGUGCCCACCUCACAUGUCUCCAAGUUAGGAAAUGGGCACAGACACAAAGAAGAUUGAUUCAUCACCUGGGUGGCCACAAGAGCUAGAAGGUCCAAGGACCAGUUUGUAACAAACUUAGGAAAGGGUCUCUGGGCCAUCAGACCAGCUGGUCAUGUGACUAGGGAGCUGUGAAGACAAUCCUGCUGCCUCCCCAUCCCCAGAUUCAAACUUGUCAUGGCCACAACCAGGCGGAAACGGGCAGAAACCAAGGAAGCUGAGCCAGCGGCCAGCCAGGGGAAGGUCCCCAGCAUCACUGCGAGCAGCCUCGAGGUGGGAGGAGGUGGGUUGGGUCCAGGCAACCACUGAGAACUCCGAGGACUUGGUGCUGGGUCUCUGUGCAAGCAUGUAAGUGGUACAUAUGUGUUAAUGUGUCUGGCUUUGUGGGUGUGUAAAUAUGCAUGUGAGCAGGCAGUAUGUGAAUGUGUGUAAGUGUGGUUUUUGAGUGUGUGACUCUGUGUGUUGAGUAUACUAGUGUGAAGUGAGGGGACACCAAGAACUUUAUCCCCCUACAGUGGUUCCUCUGGUCAUUAGGACCUCCCUCCAGCGCUGGGCAAGGGCCAGUAACAAACUUGGGAGGUGAAGGCCACUCAGGAGGAGGCAGCUGAUACAUGGGAGGACAAGGACAUGUUCUGGGGAUGAGGCUGUGAGCACAUUAGAGAGUGUGAGACUAAAGUGACAGGUGGGUGGCAGGAUCAAGUCUUAAGACCCCUGAUUCUUCCUCAGAAUCUUUACAGAGCUGGGGAGUCAGGCUAGGGGAAGGGGAGGACUUCUUGUGUCCUCUCCCUACCCUCUGUAAGCACGUGGAGAGGGCAGGAGGGACAGUGGCCAUCUGUGCACCUGACUUUCCCCGACCCCUCCCUGCACCCUCUGGCAGCACACUCUCCCUGGCAGGUUGGCUCAGGGCAGAGGGCAAAGGCCAGUCUCAGCUCCUGUCAUAAAGAAGACCCAGACUGGUUGAGCCCUGGAGGUGCAGUUGAGAGUGCCCUGCCUGGGCUAGUCCUAGGUGUCUGAUGUGUUGAGGAGCCCAGUGCACACUGAGGCAGCCAUGCUGCUGACUGGGGAUACACUGGCGACCCUGGCCGUGGCUGUGGCCGUCUUCCUGCUCUUGGUGGACCAGAUGCACCAGCACUCACGUUGGGCCGCACGCUACCCACCAGGUCCCAUGCCACUGCCUGGGCUGGGUAACCUGCUGCAGGUGAACUUCCAGGACCCACUUCUCAGCUUUAGCCAGCUGCGGCGCCGCUUCGGGGACGUGUUCAGCCUGCAGCAGGUCUGGACUCCCGUCGUCGUGCUCAACGGGCUGGCGCCUGUGCGAGAAGCGCUGGUGUACCGCAGCCAGGACAACUCCGACCGCCCACCUGCGACAGUUUACGAGCACCUGGGUUACGGGCCGCGCUCGGAAGGAGUGAUCCUGGCGCUCUAAGGAAAAGCCUGGCGCGAGGAGCGGCGCUUCUCCUCGUCCACCCUGCGCAACUUCGGCCUGGGCAAGAAGUCGUUGGAGCAGUGGGUGACCGAGGAGCCCUCGUGCCUCUGUGCCGCCUUCGCCGAUCAGGCCGGACGCCCCUUUAGCCCCAGCCUCCUGAAUAAAGCGGUGAGCAACGUGAUCGCCUCCUUGACCUUCGGGAGCCGCUUUGAGUACAGCGACCUUCGCAUCCUCAAGCUGUUGGACAUAUUGGAGGAUGGACUGAAGGAGGAGGUUGGCUUCGUGCGCCAGGUGCUGGAAGCAAUCCCCGUGCUCCCGCGUAUCCCAGGGCUGGCUGCCAAGGUCUUCCCGGGGCAGAGAGCCUUCAUGGUCCUGAUUGAUGAGCUGGUCAUCGAGCAUAGGGUGACCCGGGACUGGGCCCAGCCACCCCGAGACCUGACUGACGCCUUCUUGGAUGAGGUGGAGGCCAAGGGGAACCCCGAGAGCAGCUUACACCUGGUGGUGUCUGACCUCUUCUCUGCCGGGGUGAUCACCACCUCCGCCACGCUGGCCUGGGCCCUCCUCCUCAUGAUCCUGCACCCAGAUAUGCAGCGAGAGCCUAGCCCAAGGGGCCAGCCCUUGGGUCUGACCACUAUGAGGAUGCUUGUUUUUCCAGGACAUGUCCAACAGGAAGUCGAUGAGGUGAUAGGGCAGGUGAGGCAACCAGAGAUGGGGGAUCAGGCCCUCAUGCCCUUCACCAUGGCCGUGGUCCAUGAGGUGCAGCGCUUUGGGGACAUCAUCGCACUGGGCCUGCCCCACAUGACAUCCCGUGACAUCGAAGUUCAGGGCUUCCUCAUCCCAAAGGGGACGACACUCAUCACCAACCUGUCAUCAGUGCUGAAGGACGAGACCAUCUGGAAGAAGCCCUCCCACUUCCACCCGGAGCACUUCCUGGAUGCCCAGGGCUGCUUCGUCAAGCAGGAGGCCUUCAUACCCUUCUCAGCAGGCCGCCGCUCGUGCCUUGAGCCCCUCGCCCACAUGGAGCGCUUCCUCUUCUUCACCAGCCUCCUGCAGCACUUGAGCUUCUCAGUGCCCACUGGGCAGCCCCGCCCCAGUGGCCACGGUGUCUUUGCCUUCCUGGUGACCCCAUCCCCCUACCAGCUCUGUGCUCUGCCCUGCUAGAGGUGGGCACCAAGCCCCCAGCCCACUCCUCAAAAGUAGCCCUGAUGUACAAUAAACCAGUCUGGUGGCUCCAACCUGGCUUGAGUCCCACCCAGGGCCCCUGACCAGCCCCUUGGCGCUCAUGGGGCCUCAGCAGCCUCCCCAGAUCCAGCCCCUACCCCUGCCUGAUCCAUCCUUACCUGGCAUUUGACCCCAUUUGAGAGAUGGGUAUACCGAGGUUCAGAAGGUGACACCUUACCCCCUAGUCACCCUUGGAGACCCAAUACUGGUUACUUGGGUUAGUGACAAAGUCUAUAAAUAGGUCCUGGCUUCUGCUGGAAGGACUAGAAUAGGCUGGUGAGAGAUUUCAGGCCCCAGUGGGGAUGAGGAGGGCCCCACUCAACCUGGAUGCCCACAUUUCAGGCCCAGCCACCCUCAGUUUACACCACAGGCCAGCAGCUCAGCCAGCACCAUCAAGUCUGCUGCCCCCAAAGCUGGCGAACUCAGGGAUGGCUGGGAAGCAAUAGGCCGGGUUAGCACCCACAGCUCAGUCUUCAGAUGCCAGAGCUCUCCCUGGGAAGCCUGAUGGCAGCCCAGGAGUGUGCCACCUCCCUGGGACUCUCAGUCACCCCAAGAUAGGAUGGGCCCCCUUUCCCUGCCCCUUAGGGAUGCUCAUUUCCCAGCCCCUGCCCAAUAGUAGUUGCCACUCACGGCCACGCUCGAGUGGGAGGACACUCAUCUAGGCUCCAACCCGGGCUCUGUUCUCUGAGUGGCCAGGUCAGGCCGGGCGCUCAGGAGGCUUGGCAGGGGCCGGGAAUGAGCCCCUGUGGGCCGCAGGCAUGCCCUAGGGAAGGGGUCAACCUUGGACCCAUGUGACAAUGGGGUGGCCAGAACAGAAGGAGGCCAUGUGGGGAGCUGGGAGGAGGACACCCUGGCUCUAGUCCUCGCUCUGCUGCGACACUGUGUGACCUCAGGCUUCUAUUCCCCUUCAGCCAAUGAGAAGUUUGCACCAGAUGGCUGCUGGGGCCUGUCUUCCUGCUCUGACUCUGGAGCUGGGACCUCAUUAGCCUGGAGCCCUAGCUGAGGGCGGGGACUGCCACCGUCUACCUGUGCCCACCACCCCGACAGUUUGUUCUGGCCUCUAAGCACGCACAGGCACCACCCAAGGGCUUCUAAUGACUGUCUGCUUACCUGAGUCAUAAGUAGACUUCCUGGUGCAUUUAGGUUAACAGCUUGGGGACCACAGACACUCAAGGCAGAAGCACCACCCCCAGCCAGGCCACUUUUGCCUUCAUGACAGUGAGCUCCACAGCUCUUAGCAUUCAGGGAACUUGGCCUCUCCCUUGGCACUGAGUCAGAAGACCAGCCAGGGCCCCGUUCAGUCUCCAGCUUAUCCCCUGUCGUGGGCUUAGUGGCAGGAGGUGGUGUUCCUGCAGCUUACUGGAACAGGGAGCGUGGAUGAAACCACACUGAGUUUGUGGAAACUUGAGGCCCCUGAAAGGAGGCAGCCAGGCCUGCAGAAGCGGCAACUCUGGAUUUAUUGGAUGUUUUGUCAUUCGUGGCUCUGAGUCUUGGGGAUGUCAGAGGCUGGGGACCAGCCCAGCCAGAGCUUCCUCAGGAGCUGGGGGACCCAGCCCCCAGGCCUCUCCUCCAUUAGGUCCACCUCAGAAGCCUCUAAAAAGCACAAACAGACAUGCCCUGUGGGUUCCUUGCUGGGAGGAACCUUUCCCCAGGGCCAGGGUACCCUCUGGUGCCAGGGAAGCAGGUCAACGUUGAUAUAAGGCUAGGCAUUCCUCCACCCCAAGCACAGUGGCCUCAAGUCCUGCCAACCCAAGAAGGAAGCAGGAGGCAGGGGGUGCUCAUCAGGAAAGACAGGGCAUCCGGCUACCUGGGUUUCUUCCCUCCCCUCCCUGGGGCAGGAGGGUCAGGGAGGAGCUCGGCUGUCUGUGGCCUCUGCAGGGUCACCGAGCUUAGAGAGGAGAGCAGCCCUGCUACAGCAGGUGGGGCCAGUUGUCUUACCAGAAGUAUAUGCAGCAAUCUCCUUUUGGACCUUUUUAUUUUCCUGGGAAGGAAGAAAGGGGACAGUGGUGGGAUGAGACAGGCUCUGCACUGUGCAGAUGGGGAAACAGGCCUCACUUCACAAGGAGUCAGGGGAGGCCAGGAUUCAGAUCUCCUCUGCUCAGGCCAUGUCUACUCCUCUCAGCUCCUCACAGAGCUGUUGCUCGACUGAGAUGGCAGUUUGGCUCAGUCAUCUUGGGGGUGCCCCCGCCCCCCAUUGCCCUCCUUCCCCAGGGCCUCUCCACUCCACCCUGCAGAGCCCUAGGGCUCCUCAGUAGGACCUAUGCUGGGAUGUUCCAGUCGAGGCUUCCUUACCUCCCAGCCUGGGGUCCCUGCCGCCUCCUCCUCCUCAGGUACCUCCUUCCCAGCAGGAAUGGAGGAAGGAAUGGGGCUGCCUGCUUCCUCUCCUGGGGACCUCAUCUCCCCCUCGUCCGAAGACAAGAUAUCAGCCUCCUCCUUGGGGGCAGCAUCAUUCGGUCCUCCUGUUGCCUUCGGGGUCAUGGCCUGCAGGGAGGGACAAGAGGGCAGAAUAUGGGCAGAAAGGCCCCCUGAUCCCCCAACCCCUCUCCCUGUUCUCCACACCUGGAGUGUGUGUAGUUCUUUGUUUUUCCAGGGAAGCCCCUCCCUUCUCAGCUCACGCUGUGGGAGGGUUGUAGGUUUCCUAGAGGGGCCCUGCUACUCUCCCUGGGACCCCUGGCCAUGAGCUGGGGCAUCCCUGAGCCUCAGGGAGCUCUGACAGGAGACAGCCCCAGCCCCGGGCCCUUCCAGGGCAGGCCUCACUUACCUCAGAGUCUUGCUUCUCCCCACUCUUGACUCUGCGUCUCUGCAGAGGGAAACAGGGGAAGUGACAUUCAGCUGUGAGUGUCUGGGAGUCCUUCCCUGCCUGGCCCAUCCUCUUAUGGUGUGCGCCUACCGAGGGUGCCCAGAACAGCCAUCCUACCCCAGGGGGAGAGGGGUCCCCAGCCCUGACCCACCUGAGCGGUCACAGGGUAGCAUUUAUCCAUCAGUCCCCACACUGGCCUUAAGGUCUCCCCUAAGGGCUGCAUGACAAGGAGAAAGAGAGAGAGAAGGAAGGCUGAGGUGACAUAUUAAGGGCUCAGCUAUGUACUACUAGUCCACUGUCAACGCCUGCUGCGAAGACACCUAAACACUACCAAGGAUUUAAGGAAAACUUCACACAAACAAUAAUUGAUGGCUUUAGAAAGAUAAACUUUGCAUUUACAAAACAAGUAUGGGCGCUAAAAUAGAAAUGUUCAAACAACAAUCUCUAAUUCUUCAAAAACAAAUAUGAUAUUAUAAUAGGAAUUAAAAAUUAAAAAUCCAAUCAACUUUUAGAAGGUAAAGAAUAGAGAGAAGAGAGCGGGAGGUCCAACAGCUAAAUCAUAGAUCUUUCUGAAAGAGGGAAAAGAGACAACAAACUGGGGUGGCAGGGAGAGAUAUCAAAUAAAUAUGUUCAUUUUUUACCAAGACAAUUUCCCAAAGAUGAGCGACAUGAGUUUCCAGAAGAGAAGGAAUCGCCAAGUGUCCAGGACAAUGGAUGAAGGAGACUCACCCCAGAUUAUGCCAUCAAUAAAUUUCAAAACACUGAGGAUGAAGAGAACCUAAAAACUUCCAGAGAUAUGAAGAAAAAAGUCUGUUUUAGGAAUUCAACUUUCAUCAGACUUUUCAACACCAACCCUUUGAAGCCAGAAGAAAAUGAGGAGCUUCAAAAUCUGUCAGAAAAUUAUUUCUAGUCUAGAAUUCUAUACCUAGCCAAACUUAGUUAAAUAUGAAUUAAGACCUUUUCAGAUAUGUAGUAUCUCAAGACUACCCCUCAGGAAGCAACUGGAGGCUGUGCUCCCCCCAAAUAAAGAGUAACAUCAGCUCCCACACGUGAAAGAAGUGAAGCACUCCCCACAAUGAUGGUGAAGGGAGGUACCAGGACAGCUGAGCAGCAGGCCUCAAGGACGUCCCGUCCAGAUGGAAAGAGGAGGAUGGAGGGCUCCAUGAGAUAUGUCUCCAGGGAAACGAUCAUACAGAUAAAACACCUAAUUUAUCUAAGUGUAUUGCAAGGAGAUUAAUAUUUUUGGUAGAGAUUUUGGAUGAAUUAAUUAUAGGUACAGAGAAAACAAAUUUUUAAAAAAGAGGAAAAAACAAAAUUAUACACAAAGAGUAGUUACAGUACACUACGUGACUCAGGAAUACUAUUUACAUAGUUUUAAAAUGUAAACCCUCAGGCUUCCCUGGUGGCGCAGUGGUUAAGAAUCCGCCUGCCAAUGCAGGGGGGACACGGGUUCGAGCCCUGUUCCGGGAAGAUCCCACAUGCUGCAGAGCAGCUAGGCCCGUGCGCCACAACUACUGAGCCUGCGCUCUAGAGCUCGUGAGCCACAACUACUGAAGCCCGUGCGCCACAACUACUGAGCCUGCGCUCUAGAGCUCGUGAGCCACAACUACUGAAGCCCGUGCGCCUAGAGCCCGUGCUCUGCUCUAGAGAAGGCACUGCAGUGAGAAGCCCCCGCACUGCAACAAAGAGUAGCGCCCGCUCGCCGCAACUAGAGAAAGCCCGUGCGCAGCAACAAAGACCCAAUGCAGCCAAAAAUUAAUUAAUAAAAAAAUAAACACAAUGUAAAUCCUCAAUAUUGAUCUAAAUAAAAUUACAAUACAAGCCUAUUAGAAUGACUAAAAAAAGGUAAAUGUUGGAAAUGAUAUGGAACAAAUGGACCCUCUCAUUCAUUGCCAGUGAGAAUGCAAAAUGGGUGCCAGCCAUUUUGGAAGGUUUUACAGUUUCCUACAAAACUAAAUAUACGGUUGCCGCAUGACCCCACAAUCCCACUGCUAGGUAUUUACCUAAGUAAAAGGAAAACCUAUGUUCACACAAAACUUGUACAUGAACAUUUAUAGUGGUUUUAUCUGUAACUGCCAAAAAACUAGAAACAAUCCACAUGUUUCUUACUUGGUGAAUGGACAAACCAUGGUACAUCCAUGCAAUGGACAGCUACUCAGCAAUAAGAAGGAACAAACACUGCUACACACAACUGGGUGGACCUCAAAUGCCUUGUGCUAAGUGAAAGAAACCAGGCUCAAAAGACUACAUACUGGGGAAUUCCCUGGAGGUCCAGUGGUUAGGACCCUGUGCUUCCACUGCAGGGGGCCCAGGUUCAAUCCCUGGUCAGGGAACUAAGAUCCCACAAUCCUGCUGCACAGCCAAAUAAAUAAAUAAAAGACUACAUACUGGAUGUUUUUUUGUUGUUGUUUAUUUAUUUAUUUAUUUAUUUUACUUUUGGCUGCGCUGGGUCUUUGUCGCAGCGCACAGGCUCAGUACUUGCCCCAUGGCAUGUGGAAUCUUAGUUCCCCGACCAGGAUCGAACCCGCGUCCCCUGCAUUGGAAGGCGGAUUCUUAACCACUGGACCACCAGGGAAGUCCCUGGAUGUUUCCACUUAUAUGACCAUCUUGCAAAGGCAAAACUAUGGGACCAGAAACUGCUCACUGGAUGCCAGGGGCUAGGAGUGGGGAAAAGGUUGACUAUAAAUGAGUAUGGGGGAAUUUUUUGAAAUGAUGAAACUGUUCUGUAUCCUGGUUGUGGUGGCAAUUAUACAAUUGCAUACAUUUGUCAAAACUCACAGAACUGCACACUAAAAGAGAUGGAUUUCACUCUGUAUAAAUAAUACCUUAAUUUUUUUAAAAUGAGUGAAAAGAGCCCACUGUGUGGGAGAGGGACUUAAAAGCCAAAAUGAGGACUUCCCUGGUGGUCCGGUGGUUAAGAAUCCACCUGCCAAUGCAGGGGACACGGGUUCGAGCCCUGGUCCAGGAAGAUCCCACAUGCCGCGGAGCAACUAGACCGCGUGCCACAACUACUGAAGCCCACGCGCCUAGAGCCCAUGCUUGGCAACAAGAGAAGCCACCGCAAUGAGACGCCCGCGCACUGCACGAAGAGUAGCCCCCGCUCGCCGCAACUAGACAAAGCCAGCGCGCAGCAACGAAGACCCAAUACAACCAAAAAUAAAUAAAUAAAUAAUAAUAAUUAAUUAUUUUAAAAAAGCCAAAAUAACAUAAAAGUCAGCAAAAAAGCAAAACUGAUACUUAAAAUUUUUUAACAACUGAAGAUGUCAUUACUCAGAAUAAAACAUUUACAAUGCAAAAAACUAGGAUAUAACUAUACUGGAAGACUAGAGAAAGGUGAGAUGUAUGUUGGAGGUGGCAGUAAGUGUGCAGCUGUUACAAGAGCUAAAUCCUCAUCUUUCGUUGUAGGAAUUCAUUCGAUAAUGUUUAAAUCUGAAAAAUUAAGACAAAGCAGGAUAAGCUUUCUAUUUAGAACCAUGGAGGCAAAAUCAAAGGCUUCAGCUAGAAAAUUGGAAGCUGGAAAGACUCCCACCCUGGGUUGUGGGAAUCAUGGGUGAAGAGGAUGGGUGAAGGGACAAAAGACAGCUAGUUUUUUGUUUCAAGUCUUAAAACUUUGACUCCUCGAACUAUGUAUAUGCAUAUCUUUGAUGACAAUAAAACUUUUUAAAAUGAAAAUUUGGUUAAUUAAAAAAAAAAAAAAAGGAAGCAACAUAGGACUCUGUCUCUAAGGCACCUGCCAACAUGGGCCUUAUUAGGGGCUCUCCAACCUCUGAAUAGUCCCUCCCUAAAUAUGUAGCACACACUUCUCCGUGUUGCUGGGUCACAGAUAAGCUUAUUCCCACGAAAAUCCUCUCUUCCCAAUAGCACUAGAUGGAGAGCAGGAAGCCUCCAGAGACCAGGUAUGUGGCUCUGUCCUGUCACCUGGGGCAGCCUGGGUCUAGUCACUGUUCUUCUGGGAGCCUACGUUUCCUCCUCUAUAAAGUGGGAGCUACUGGGUUGCUGCGAGGUUUCAAUAGAUGGGCAACACCUAAUCCAGCACGUGGCCCUCAGUGGGCAUCCAGUGUCCAUUUGUGUUUUCCUGACAGAGGGCUGGGAGGAGGGGCUUCUGCCAUAGGUUCCUGGACCUGGGACGUUAAAGAGGGUAUGUAACCCCAGGCAGGUGUCCUGCUCACCACCACCCGAUUCACAUAUGAGUGUCGAACCAUAUUCCAGGGCUACUCACAUGUAUUAGGGGUCACCUGUUCCUUU